GCCUGGGCGGGACGCAGGGUGAUGGCGUCAUGGGGGAGCUGGGGCUGCCCCAUGGCGGCGGAGACAGCCGCCUUCGCUCUGCCGCGGGAGUGGACGUCCUGCUUUACUUUUUUUUUUAAUAUCUUAUUGGAGAGUGAUGUACUAAGUUUGCAUGAUUCUGACUUGCCUGGGAUCUUCACCAUAACUGUCUUAUGAAGUUAUUCCAAUGAGCAAACAUUUUAAAUAAAAUGUAUUGAGAAGAGAAGCAUCUCCUGUUGUGACAGCAUUUCACAAGGUGCUGUCGUCUUGUUGUAGAUGUCCCUAGCAUACUAUGGUAGAUGUGGCAAAGAAAAAGACAAUGGAUGACAUCACAUUUAGAAGCAACACUGUACUUUCUGAUGUUCAUCUACACACCCCAAGCAAAAGACAUCUCAUGGUGCGAUUGAAUACCGUUGGACAGCCAGUAUUUCUAUCACAAUUCCAGCUCCUUUUGAACAAAAAUAAUUGGGAGUCUGAGAGAGAAAAUGAAAAAGAACUUACAACAGAAAAUAUGGGACACCAAACCAGAGAUGGGAAGGAAUUGUGUGACAAAGGUAGUUAUGAUCUAGAUUUUCUCAACAAAAAUGGAAGAGAAGCAAAUAAUUUUAAAGGGAUAGAAGCUCUGCUGGAUGAUGAUGGGGAUUUGGAAGUGGUCAGAAGACCUCAAUAUGUGUCUGAUCCAGACGUGGAGGAUCUUUCAAGGGACAAAGUAUAUCCCAUAAUUCUGACUAAAGGAGGAGAAGAUAUUUUUGAAGAUGUAAAGCAGGAAAGUACCUGCAAUAAUAUUAUUAAAAUAGAGCAUACAAUGGCAACACCACUGGAAGAUGUUGGUAAACAAGUCUGGCGAGGAGCCUUUCUUCUUGCAGAUUAUAUCUUGUUCAAACAGGACACGUUCAGAUGUUGCACAGUACUAGAGCUUGGAGGAGGAACUGGAAUUACAAGCAUUGUCAUGGCAAUGGUUGCGAAGACUGUGUACUGCACAGAUGUUGGUGAAGAUCUUCUGGCUAUGUGUGAGCAAAAUGUAACAUUAAACAAGCAUCUUACUGAGCCAGCAGGAGGUGAAGUUAAGGUAAAAGAGCUGGACUGGCUGAAAGAUGAGUUCUGUACUGACCCUGAAGCUCCCUACAGUUGGUCUGAAGCAGAGAUUGCUGAUUUGCAUGACCACACCACGGUGAUACUAGCAGCUGAUGUUUUUUAUGAAGAUGACUUAACAGAUGCUUUAUUCAAAACACUGUACAAAAUCACCCACAACUUGAAAAACUCUUGCACAAUUUACUUAUCAAUAGAAAAGAGGCUGAACUUUACCUUAAGACAUAUGGACAUUACAUGUGAAGCUUACAAUCAUUUUCGAAAUACUUUGAAUGAUCUGGAAAACUUACAAGAUAGCAAAAUGAAAUAUACUUCUGAGCCCAUUAAGCUUGCUUUCUGCCAAUUUCUCGUUUAUGAACGGAUUGAGCAACUGGAGCUGUGGAAGAUCAUUGCUGAACCACUUAUGUGACCUCUUUCACAUAAGACAGCUGAAGACCUUGAGGCAGAAAAUUAAUGCUGUUCUACAAAUAAAACAAUGUAGAGUUUUUUCCAGAAGAUGUGGUCCCAGUGGAACCAUAAGCCAAGAUUUUGAUGCAGAUUUGCCUUAAACUAAUUAAAUAUAUCUUGUAGCACUUAAAGGAUGAUUUCUUUAUAGUUUUUAAUGAUGCUGUUUUUAAAUUGCUCCUCAUAGUACAGAUCUGAAAACUACUCUUAACUACUUCUAUCAACUUUGUGAUGGAUCCACAGAUACUGGCUCUCUAACAGUCGUGAUAAGGUGUCUUUACUCCUGGGACCAGUAAUUUUUUUUCUAUGACUUUUUCCCUGUACACUAAUAACCACCCAUCCAACCUCUUUCCAUGUUACAGAAGUGUCAAUCUCAUACACUUACAUUUAUAUCUAAUAAUCAGUAAACUCAGUCAGAGCCAGAUUCUACUUCCAUACCAGGUUAGUAUUCUAGACAUUUGUGGAGUGAUCUGCAAAAGGCCCAGCUGCUUUUCACCAGGUGGUUGCUCUGAGUUGAGGAAACAAUCUAUUUUUAAAACAUCAGAAUGAACUACGAAAAUGGAGGACUACCUUUUCGCCUACCUUGACCUUUCUAGUGUAGAAGCCAGGAUUUCAACUGACGCACAGAGUUCAGGUUUUGUAUGCCUCUCUCUGGAGCAAUUCUGCUCGCAUCUUAUGCUGUUCAAUCCCUGCUAAGCUGAGGGUGGUAUGAAUUGUCCACCCUCUUUCAGUCCGUGGAAUUCUAGCCUCACAACAUUCCUGUGGGUGGGUGAGAUUUUGGGAGGAGGAGGAAAUUAGUGCCAUGGAGCCUCUUUUGCAUUGCCCACUCACAUAUUCUUGGACUUCUUGGCUAUAAAAAUAAAAGUAGCAUUUGUUGAUCACGGCUCUCCUGGUUAAUAAACACAAACCCCACGAUAUAUGUUCUAUAUUUCUGUAAUAAUUUUUUUUCUUUUUUUUGGGUGGUGCUGGUGGUCCAUCAUGGUCACCCAUUUUCCCCACACCUGCAGUCGUGGGAACUCUUCCUCCUGCUGAAGAGCUCUAGACUUCUUUCUUUAGAGUUGUUUUCAGUGGGUUCAAGUGCAGCAUGAUGCUCCCUGUCUCUGAAUGUGUUGGUUCCGUAGUUCUUCCAGCCCAGAGAGCUGUGAUCUUUCAUGUUGUAAUGUAUUGCGCUUUAUACUAGAUUGCCAAACAAGGCCUCUAGUAGUAGUUUUUAAAAGAGGUUUUAUGCUUGAUUUGGUUAAUUUUUUAGGGCAGUAAUUACUGAUUUUUCUCUUUACGUGCAUGAGGAUAUUCUACGUGGUGAUCUUAGUUGGGUUAAAAUAGUUUUGUGGGAGGGUUUUGUUGGGUUUUUUUUUUGUUUUGUUUUGAUUAGAGGCACUUUAGACAACACAGUUGAUCCAUUAACCAUAUGGUUAAUAUAUCCUUGGCUAGAUUUCUGUAGCACAUCAGUCUGUCAAAACGCUUAGUUAACUAUCUUAAAACACUUGGAUAUUAUUUUGUAAUGAUGAUCUUAGCCCAGGUAUAGUUCAUUAUACCAGAUAGGUGCAUUGAUAAGAGAAGCUACAUAUUGUAUCUUGGAUAGUAUGUGAUCAGGCUGGCUUAGUUCCACUGGGACUUGUGUUAUUUAAUGAAUAUAGAAAGAUGAGAUUAGCUUUGUUUUUCUAGGUAGUAUCAUCUUGUGUCAUAAUCUUCACAGUGUUUUUUAGUCUGGCAUUUUAUUCAUAACAUACAAGUUUUCUUUAACCAUAUGAGUUAAGUACUGACUAGCAUCUUUAAUUUUGAACUUUGCUUUUCUGUAUGUCAUUGGGGUUAGUGAACUUUUUACAGCUUUUAAAUAACAAAGUUGUGGCUCUGAAUGCAGAUGGAUUGCACACCUUGAAAAGAGGUGGGAGCAUGUAAAGGCUAUAAUGAAUGUCAAAAAUGCUUCUGUAAACAGGGAUUUCUUUAGUAUUGUUUAACUUCAAAUACAAUGAUAAAAACCAUGUUUUAAUUCAGGGUUCCCAAGUUGCUGUCCAUGGGAUACUACUGGUUUGUAGAGCAUGUACUGGUGAUCCAAUAGAAUUGACGGUUCAUGUAGUCCUGGCUGCUGAUUUUUGUUUCUUCAAAUAUCCAGGCUCUUCAUUGCAAAGAAGAGUCUAGUAGCCAGUAAAAAUAGGUGGAAAUAACGAGGCAACUUAGCUGCUUCCACUAGGGGCACUGCUACAUGAACAAGUAGAGGAAACAGGAUCAUGGGGCAGAGUGGAGCUGCCAGUUGCAAGGGAAUGUCCAGGAAGAGGAAUAGAGUGAGUUGGUCAGCAGAGGGACGGGAGCUAAGGCUCCAAUCCAGCAAAACUAUUAAACUAGCAAGUAGUCCAAUUGAUUUCAUUGGGACGACUCAGGUGCUUAAAAUUAAACAUCGGCUUAGAUGCUCUGUUGGAUUUAGGGUCCAAGUGACAGAAAAAAGUCUUACGGAUGUUGUGUUAUCUGAGUUGAUGUAGUGGGGGACAAGGUGCACAUGCAUGCUUUCUGAACUUAUUAAAAUGUUAUUCUGUAUAUAUUCGGUUUGAGUCACAAACCUGACAUGAAGAAAAUCUGUCAAUUUUCUUGUGGUUCAGAAAAUCUCUCCAAGAAGACUUAAAAUAUGUAUUUUUCUUGAAGACUGAAAUGUGGCACCUGGUGGGGACUGUUUGGGGGAACAUGCAUUUAGAGUCUGCUCAUGUAAAUAUUUGACUGUUCAGAUUUUUGCCAGAUUUUCAAGAGCCCAGGACCUCCCACUUACGCAUCUAAAGAAGUGGUCAGCUCUUUAAAACUGCAUCAUGCCCAGCAGUAGACAAGCAGCUGCAAGGUGCUGAGUGGUGUUAGAAGUCUGGUCACUUCAUAUAGGUGCCUAAG